AUGGCUGGUGUCAUGAACAUGUAUCUUCUGAGACUGUGCUUCCCCGCCGGCCUUCUGCUCUCCCUCCCUCUGUGCUCGUGGCAGUCCUGUCAGAUGGGGAAACCCCAGAAGUGCCUGGCGGCUGAGUUUGCUCCAGGUACCAAUUUGGCCGGAGAGGGCUUCGACAUCACCAGAAUGGAGCGCAAAGGAGCCUUUGUGCUCAACAUGGAGGAGUGGAAACUCAAAAAUGGUAAAUGCACCCUUUGCAAAAACCCCUUUCUGCGCGGCGAGCAGCAGAAGCUGCCCCUGUCUGUGGUGGACUGGAGGGCAAAGGGCUCCUGCAGCGCGCAGGUGUCCUCUCAGCUCUUCAAGUCCAGCGAGUCCCUGCUCAGUUCCAUCGAUUCUUCCGUUGAAAACAACUGGAAGGUAGGUUUAGGUUUUAAAACAGGCCCCUCUCUGAUGCUCGCCGGAACCAACUCCAAACUGUCCAAAUACUCCAUGGAGAAAACAAAGAAUGACAAAUUCAGCUUCACGAGCGACAGCAUCUCCUGCGAGUACUACAGGGUUCACAAGAAUCACAAGUUGCACAGAGAAUUCCGCAAAGCCGUGGAGCAGCUUCCCAAAGUCUACAGCCAAGAAAACAAGGAACAGUUUUACAAACUGAUCGAUGACUUCGGCACACAUUACAUCACCAAGGUGAAACUGGGGGGAAGCGUGGAGUCUGUGACCAGCAUCCGUCAGUGCCAGGCCAGUCUGCAGGGGCUGAGCGUGGAGGAGGUGCAGACCUGCCUCAAAGCUGAAGCAUCUGUCACCAUCAAUGCUGCCGCGGCAGUGGAAAAGAGCCACUGUAAGAAGGACAUCGACAAGUCUGAGAGUAAGCUGGCUUUCUCCAGCCUCUUCAGCGACAGUUCAACCCAUUUCCUCAACAGAUCCACAGAAAUAAAAGGGGGUCUUAACACAGAGCCAGACCUUCUCUUCUCCGCUAAGAAAAACUCAUCGGCCUACAGCGGAUGGCUGAAAUCGCUUCCGCAGAAUCCCGACAUCAUCUCAUACUCGCUGGAGUCCCUGCACGAGCUUUUCCCCAAGAACACCACCCGGAGCAGCGGCCUGCGCUCGGCCAUCAGCCACUACAUCUUGGAGAAGGGUCUGUGGAGGAACUGCAGCGAACGCUGCCGGGCAGGAAUCCGGACAGACUCCAAGGACCCCUGCGUCUGCCAGUGCCACAACCAGCCCGCCGUCAACCGGGACUGCUGCCCCACCCAAAGGGGCUCGGCCCGGGUCGUCAUCACCGCGGAACGGGCGACCGGUCUGUGGGGCGACUACUCCACGUCCACGGACGGUUAUGUGAAGGUAUUUUUCAACGGAAUGGAGUAUCGUUCUAAGGUCAUUUUCAACGACAAUAACCCUCGCUGGGAUAUGGCUGUGGACCUGGGCUCGCAGGUUCUGUCUCAGCAAACCAAAGUGAAAUUUCAGGUUUGGGAUCGGGAUAAUAACUGGGAUGACGAUAAUCUGGGAGAAUGCGAGCAGGUUUUAAGUGAAGGAACCAAACAGGAUUUCUGUAAUCUGAAUCAUGGCAAGCUGUACUUUAAAUGGGAGGUGACGUGUGCUCCCAGUCUGAGCGGUAGAUUAUGCGAGCGGUAUCAGGAGUCUCCUAUGAGUCAGAGUCUCAGGAAGUUUUACGUGUCCCGUCACGCCCAUCCCAUUCCAAAGGCCAUCCUGAAGGAAAUGGAUAAGUGGCUCAUCCAGUUCAGCACAAAUGAAACCGUCAAACCCACUUUUUCCCCCCUCCCCUCGGAGACCACUGUCACCUCACCCCCUAACCACCUCCUGCUCGGCUUUUCUGACUCUGCCCCUGAUGUCACACUCAGCACAGACAGUUGCACGAACUCGGCUCGAGCAGACGGGACGACGGGGACCCCCCGGCAGUGCCAGGAGGCAGAAUUUGCUCCUGGUUCCACUCUGGCCGGGGAGGGCUUCGAUAUUACCAAAAUGGUACGCAAAGGGGCUUUCCUGCUUGACAUGAAUCAGUGGCAACACAAGGAUAAAACCUGUACCCUGUGCAGCAACCCCUACCUGGAGGGCAAAAAGCAGAAGCUUCCCCUCUCAGUAGUGGACUGGAGGGCAAAGCAGUCCUGCAGUGCAAAGGUGUCCACUAAACUGCACAAGUCCAGCGAGUCCCUGGUCAGUUCCAGCUCCAAUUCGAUUGAGAACGACUGGAAGACUGGCCUGGAAGUUAACGUAGGCGAAAAUAGUGGAUCCCUGAUGCUGGCUGGAACCCACUCUAGACUUGCUGAUUACUCCAUGGGGAAAACGAAGAACGACAAGUUCAGCUUCACCAGCAACGGCAUGUCCUGUGACUUCUACAGCUACCGAGUCUCCAGCACACCAAAGCUGCACAGAGAGUUCCGCACAGCAGUGAAACAGCUCCCCAAAGUUUACAAACCAGAAUUCAAGCAGCGGUUUUACAAGCUCAUCGACAACUUCGGCACACAUUAUAUCACAAAGGUGAAGCUGGGGGGGAGCAUCGAAUCUGUCACCAGCAUCAGGCAAUGUGAGACCAGUCUGGAGGGUCUCAGCGCAGAGGAGGUGCAGAUGUGUCUGGAGGCCGAGGCCUCCGCCAGCAUCAAAGUCAGCGUGAGGGCUGAAACCAAGCACUGCCAGAAGAACAGCGACAAGAGGGAGGACAAGAAGUCGUUCUCCGAUCUCUUCAACGACAGGUUUACAGAAAUUAGAGGGGGUCAUACCACAGAGCCCGACCUUCUCUUUUCCGCAAAGAAAGACCCAUCAGCCUACAAGGAGUGGCUGAACACGCUACCCCAGAACCCAGAUAUAAUCUCCUACUCCCUGGACUCCCUUCACGAGCUACUGCCCACCGGCAACCCCGCCAGGAAGAACCUGCGCGCGGCCAUCAGCCACUACAUCCUGGAGAGGGGCCUGUGGAGGAACUGCAGCGGGCGCUGUCGGGCCGGCGUCCGGAGCCAGUCCGGAGACCCCUGCGUCUGCCAGUGCCACAACGAGCCCGCCGUGAACCGGGACUGCUGCCCCACCCGUAAGGGCGUGGCGCGGGUGGUGCUGACCGUCCAGCGGGGGGCGGGGCUGUGGGGCGACCACACCACGGCCACGGACGGCUACGUGAAGGUGUCCUUCGCCGGUCAGCUGGUUCAGCGCACGCCGGUCAUUCAGAACUCCAACGACCCGCACUGGGGCACCAUCGUCGACCUGGGCCUCCAGGACGUGUCGGCGAACCCCAUCGUGCGCUUCGAGGUCUGGGACCAGGACAGUAACUGGGACGAUGACCUGCUGGGGGAGUGUCAGACCGCCCUGUCCGCAGGAGGCCGGGAGGACCUCUGCGCCCUGCAGCACGGCCGCCUCUACUACAAGUGGGAGGUGAAAUGUGCCCCGGGCCUGGGCGGGGAUCAAUGCACGGACUAUAAACCCUCACCGAUGGGCCACAGUCUGAGAGGGCUUUACACCUCCCGGCACGCCCAUCCCGUUCCAAAGGCCAUUUUGCUGAAGAUGGGCGUGUUCCUGGAUGGAGGAACCUCUCUAAAGAACCAGAGCGUUCCCGCAGAGUGAUGUAACCACAUGUGCCACAUCUGCACGACUGGGCCCAAACUCAGCAACACAUUCCAUUUAAUUCAGCUUUUAUUAGUCUCAGCUUACUCCCACCUGACCAUAAGAUCAUUUAUUUUCAGUUUAAUAUGGAUUUAAAUUUUCAAUCAGUUGCAAAUUCAAUAGAUCUGUGACUGACAAUCGUCAAAGACUCAAAUAACCUA